GUAUGUAAUAAAAUAUCCCAAUUUCAUUUUUAUUUAUUUAUUUUUUCUUCUUAAAAUGUAUUUGGUGAAUAAAGGUUGAUAUUUUGUGUCUGGUAAAGUGUUAGCCAAGAAUUUGAUGGACUAGCGACAGGUUCAUUACUGAAUAACGUUCACUGGAUAUACACACUUUGUCAUGCUUUGGAUGUACUUUAUUUUGAAAGAAUGAACAUUUGAUAUUACAUUCAAAAUGGGAAAAAUCGCCAGAUAAUAUCAAUCGGGCUGGUUUUACAAACACAUUAAGAGUAACUUGGAAUUGUAGCAUUAAAGGUGAAUUGAAAAUUCUUUUAGUCGAGGAUGGUUUAGGUCUUAUCGGGUUUUGUAAAAGCGGACAAAGAAACAGACAGCAAAGAGACAGGCUCGAGUUUUCUUGUCCCAAAGCAGAUGGCAAAAUUCUUUUUCAAAACAUGCUGAAACUGAAUGACUCACAAAAACAUGCUGAAAAUUGGGAGUAAAAUGAGUAAGACAUCUAAAAGUAUCACUCAUUUAACGUCAAUAGUUUGGGCAUUGUAGUAGUGACCAUUCCCAUAGUCUUUUUAACGUGGUGUCAUAAUCAAUGCAUUUGCUAUUUUGAAUUAAACCUUAGUCAGUUUGUGGUGAUGCUGUUUCGCUUUAACUGUUCACUUCAGAGGACUGCAGCUGGGCCUUUUCCUGAAUGUGUUCAGCCGUAAAUAGUGCUCUUCCCUUUAAUUUUGCUUGUGAGGGGCUGGGAAACUCCAACAGACUUCAUGGGGGAGUGUCCAUGUCUACCACUCAUAGGUUCAAUGCGAGUGGCGGGUUCCCUCCUAAUCACGCCCCCCUGCAGUCAGAGAUGGACUUGACCUGGCAGGAACUAAUGGCCAUCACAGAACUGCAGGUCACUGAUGCACCCAAUGAGAAUCCUUUUGAGACGGUUCCAUAUCUCUCCAUGGAGCCCAUGAUGUCGUAUGGGAGCUUUGGAAUGAGUCAGCCCCUGGUGGAACCCAGCCCGCUUGCAUGCGAGGCAAGUCCUGCCACAGCCUUCAGAGGGGGCUACGCUGAGGGAGUGCCCACCCACCAGCGCCACAACCUGCACGUGGAGAUGCACCACGGACAUGGCGGGGCCAGGUGGGCGAGGUUACUGCCACCUGCACAACCACUUCAACCUCCCCCUAUGAGCCUCCUGGACAUGGGCAUGAUGAACAGCCAGGGGCUUGGGAAAGACAAUGCCCGUCACCCGGCAGAUGACCUCGAGUCAGAUUCAGGUCUGUCAUUGGGUUCAAGCCCACCACUUGCCUCCCCGGAAAAUGCAACACAUGGGGUACCUGCCUAUUUACCUUCAGAUGGUACCCUUGGCUAUCCUGAGGGUGAAGGAUCGUGCAUUGGGGACCACUGUUGUACAAGGGCAAAUGUACAUAGCUCUGUGGAUUACCAGAACACAUUUAUCCCCUACUCUGGUACCUCCUACUUUCCUAUAACCCCAAACCUUCAACUUGCACAGCAGCCAAUGCCACAGUCUCAACAGCAAAUAACUUCAAUGAAACAACAGCUUUUACCAACAGCACUGCAUGACCUCCAAAUGAACGGCUCUAGCAUGUCGAGAGGAAGCCAGUUUCAGGCCCCUUACCCAAAUUCACGAGGCAGUGGGCCCACAGGCCCACUCAGCAGAGAUGAGCGGCGAGCCCUCGGCCUCAAAAUCCCUUUCUCGAUGGACAAGAUCAUCAACCUGCCCGUGGAUGACUUCAAUGAGCUGCUGACCCAGUACACGCUCAGCGACGCUCAGCUAACACUUGUGCGAGACAUCCGCCGGCGAGGGAAAAACAAAGUUGCAGCGCAGAACUGCCGCAAAAGGAAACUGGAGAACAUUGUGCAUUUAGAAAACGAGUUGGGUCAGCUGAAGGCUCAGAAAGAGCACCUAGCCAGGGAGAGACUGGAGUUCCAGCAAAACCUCACCAUCAUUAGAUGUCACCUCUCAGAUUUAUAUACCAAAGUGUUCUCUCAAUUACGGGACGAGGAAGGGCGGCCGUAUUCUUUGGAGGACUAUUCACUCCAACAAACUAAUGAUGGGAAUAUUUACCUUGUGCCCCGAAACACAUCACUGGACAUGGAAUAAGCAAGCACUAGGGCUGGCUGCC